AGACAGUUUACUACCCAAAAGGCAACUUGAAUGCAAAUGCAUAAAGAAAUAGAUUUACGAAUAUGGUUUUGAACAUGCCUGAGAGGUGGGUACAGCAACAGACACGUUACCACAGAAUUCUUUAAAACUACUUGCUUACAUUUAAUUGCCUAAAAACUGUUCAUAAGUUAAAGCUGUAAUCCACUACAGAAUACCUUGCAUGGCACUAUGUAAAGCAUUUCAUCCUUACAUUUUCAUUGUCCUGCUAUUUGAUGUAGACAACUCAGCAUUCACCAUGGCCUCCAUCGGUGCAGUAAGCACGGAGUUUUGUGUUGAUGUAUACAAGGAGCUCAGAGUCCACCAUGCCAAUGAGAACAUCUUCUACUCCCCCUUCACCAUCAUUUCAACUCUGGCCAUGGUCUACCUAGGUGCAAAAGACAGCACCAGGACCCAGAUAAAUAAGGUUGUUCGCUUUGAUAAACUUCCAGGAUUCGGAGACAGUAUUGAAGCUCAGUGCGGCACAUCUGUAAAUGUCCACUCUUCACUUAGAGACAUACUCAACCAAAUCACCAAACCAAAUGACGUUUAUUCGUUUAGCCUUGCCAGCAGACUUUAUGCUGAAGAGACAUACCCAAUCCUCCCAGAAUACUUGCAAUGUGUGAAGGAACUGUACAGAGGAGGCUUGGAAUCUAUCAACUUUCAAACAGCUGCAGAUCAAGCCAGAGAGCUCAUCAAUUCCUGGGUAGAAAGUCAGACAAGUGGAAUUAUCAAGAAUGUCCUUCAGCCAAGCUCUGUGAAUUCCCAAACUGCAAUGGUCCUGGUUAAUGCCAUUUACUUCAAAGGACUGUGGGAGAGAGCAUUUAAGGAUGAAGACACACAAGCAAUACCUUUCAGAGUGACUGAGCAAGAAAGCAAACCUGUGCAGAUGAUGAGCCAGAUUGGUUCAUUUAAAGUGGCAUCGGUGGCUUCUGAGAAAGUUAAGAUCCUGGAGCUUCCAUUUGUCAGUGGAACAAUGAGCAUGUUGGUGCUGUUGCCUGAUGAAGUCUCUGGCCUUGAGCAGCUGGAGUCUACAAUCAGCACUGAGAAGCUGACUGAAUGGACCAGUUCUAGUAUUAUGGAAGAGAGGAAGAUCAAAGUGUUCUUACCCCGCAUGAGGAUGGAGGAAAAAUAUAACCUCACAUCUGUCUUAAUGGCUAUGGGAAUGACUGACCUGUUCAGCUCUUCAGCCAAUCUGUCUGGCAUCUCCUCAGCAGAGAGCCUGAAGAUAUCUCAAGCUGUCCACGCAGCAUAUGCAGAAAUCUAUGAAGCAGGCAGAGAGGUGGUAAGCUCAGCAGAGGCUGGAGUGGAUGCUACAAGCGUCUCUGAAGAAUUUAGGGUUGACCAUCCAUUCCUCCUCUGUAUCAAGCACAACCCAACCAACAGCAUUCUCUUCUUUGGCAGAUGUAUUUCCCCUUAAAAAGAGGAAAGUUGAAAGAACUUCUGUUCCUUUUAG